AAAAAAAAAAAAAAAAAAAAACAUAAAUGUCGGAGACGCAUCCCUAAACCCCGAAAAUUGAAAACCUCAGUCCUCCCCAAGAGAUCGACGACGGCCUCUGCGAAUUCUUGGAUUCUCUCUCUGUGUAUAUCUGUCUACAUACACUUUUAUAUAGAGUGAGAAUGGUUUAUAUAACAUCGUGGGACGAUUUCGUGGAGAGAUCUGUCCAGUUGUAUCGUGCCAGUCCCGAAUCUACGCGUUAUGUGAUGAAGUACAGACAUUGUGAUGGUAAAUUGGUUCUCAAGGUCACUGAUAACCGUGAGUGUCUCAAGUUUAAGACAGACCAGGCGCAAGAAGCUAAGAAGAUGGAGAAACUCAACAACAUAUUCUUUACGCUGAUGGCCCGUGGUCCUGAAGUAGAUAUAUCAGAAGUUACCGGAAAAGAGCAGAUGGAAGCACAGCUGACCAAGAAGGGUAGGGGAAGGAAACAGUAGUUUUGUUCUUGAUUGAUUUCGAUACUCGAUUCUCAACUGCAAAGUUAGUUGUUUUUUUUUUUUUUUCUUGAACUUCAAUACCUUUUUAUUACUUACAACAGUGCUGAUUAGUGAUAUAUUCCAUGGGAUUCAAGGAUACUGUCCUUUUGCCCCCUUCUUUUUGGGAUUAAAAAGAGGGCCAAAGCCCUAAAAUGCAAAAUUUCUUGCAACUCCAAUUCCCACACCAUAAAGGAACAAAAAAUGGCCAUCAAGAUUCAAUGGUGUGUUUGAUUUGAA